AUGACAGACACCGCACUGGGGCUGGUGAGCAUCUUCUGCGGCUGCCAGGCGAACGUCUUCUUGCUGGAGCUCAUCAUCACCGGCUCUCCGAACACCUACUAUGCCCUCACUUGCGCUCAGUAUGUGUGCGUCGCUCUCUUCACCUUGCCUCUGCUGCUGCGCUUCAAGGAGCCACAUGAGCAACGGAAGGCAACACUCAAUAUGUGGCCGUUCCAGUGGCGGCGUCUUCGUGUAUCACUGCGCUACAAGCUGAUCCUCGCCGUCGUCGGGUGGGCCAUGUCGGUCGGCAACAACAUUGUCUUCGGCUUCCAUAUCUCCAUCCCGCUGCACGCCACUUUCCGCUCCUCUUCGAUGAUGCUCAACAUGCUUGCCGGGUACUUCCUCUUCGGUAAGCGCUUCACAGCGCCACAGGUGACCUCUGCCUUGGUUAUCUUCGUCGGCCUCAUCGUGCUGACAAUCGAGAAGGCACGCAGGACGAGCAGCGCGGGGGCUGAGACGACGUGUCGCACCGCAGCCGCUGCGUCGACCCCGACGUGGUACUGGGGCUGUGGAGUAGCUAUUCUGGUGGCCACCACUGCGUGCACGACGGCAUUGAGCAUCUUUCAGGAACACAUUUACCGCUGCACCCGUGCGAACGAGGCCGCAAGGAAGGUAGUACCGUCGAGCGACGAUGCUCCGCCAAUGUGGACAGAGGCGCUCUGCUUCUCCCAUCUCUUUGCGAUCCCGCUCUUCUUUCUGCAGCCGAUACACCUCUACACUGAGUUUGCGCAGAUUGAUGCGGGCAGUCACCUGCACGUGGCGUUGAACUGCGUGACUCAGGUAGUGUGCAUCACCGGUGUGUAUGCGAUGAACGACAAUACCUCAGCUUUCACUCUGAGCCUGACGCUGACACUACGCAAGCUCGCCAGCUUUGUGCUCUCGGUCGUCUACUUUGGUCACUACCGGUACCUCUCGACUGUGGAGUGGGUUGCCAUGGUGGGCGCUCUCAUGGCCGGUACCGCGUACCCAUUUUUACCUAAGGCUCAACCCAACAUUUCUGGCGCCGUAGACGCAAGCGCAGCGACAGAGACAAGUGCGAAGAAGAAGUAG